AUGAGCAUUAUGAGCAUUCUCAAAAAUGGGGAGGCAUCUCAUGAUGGCGAGCAAAGAAAAAGUGUCGAGACCCUUCCUAUCAAAUCAAAACCAAAAAACAAAUUUAGAAUGAGGAUCUGUGACGCCCCACCGGAAUUAUUGGAGAUCAUUAAGCGUUCCGAAGUGAAGAACGAAACGUCCUUAUCAAACAAGCCAUCUCCUGUCGUUAAUGUCGCAACAAAGACAAAUUCCAUAAAGUCAUCAUCUAACGAUGAAAAGAAACAUAGGAUCAGGAAGAAUCCUUAUCCGAAGAAGGCUCCCUCCAAAUCAUCUCCCGGAAUCACCCUUCAAGUGGACGUCUACACGACGCUUAGAGAAGAUCCGCAAGCACUAUUACGAAGGAAUGGGCCAUCAAAGGUUUAUUCAUAUUCAACACCGACCGGCGGUGAUCCCAUGUCACCAUCAUUCACCGAUGGUUCAUCUGGUACCGAAUCAUCUCCACCGCACAGCCCACGAAACAGCCUCGCCAGAGUUAUGGCGGAUCGUGGUCUCUUAGAAUCUACCUUGACUCCUAUAGUUAUCGCGGGAGAAAUAAAACCGAUUCGCAUACCACCACCCCCUCCGAUGCAAUUUGAUGAAUUGAUGAAGAGCAUUGAUCAGUUAAAUCUUGAUUUGACCACGCUUCAUCGUACGAAUCCAAAGAUCAAUUGGAAAGGACAACCGUUAUCCAUAUCACAUUUACCUCAUCAUAAUUCUUUGCACCAAAAAGAGGCUCAUGUGGCUUCAACUUUACGUCUUACCCCUGUACAAUAUUUAACGGCGAAGCAUACCUUGAUCUCAUCCGCUAGAAGGUAUGCGCAAAAAUCGCUUCCCUUCCGUAAAAGUGAUGCGCAAAAACUUCUAAGAAUUGAUGUUAAUAAAGCAAGCAAACUCUGGGAAUUUUUUAUGCAAGUUAAAUGGAUUUAA